AUGGUGGAACAUCAAAUAUUGUUCAUGCAAGAGUCUACUGUAGACAAUGAAGAAAAAGCAAAUCAAGGAGUACAGCCACACGUUCCGACAGAUGCAACACGGGCUUCUUCACUCGCGCACAAGCUUCUCAUCAAUCCACAGCUCCAAAAGGAAUCAUGGAUCAUCAACAUCUCCUGCCCGACCCACAGAGUCCCCAACAGCUUCCCGCCAUAUGGCAGAGAAGCUAAUCAAGGAGAAAAUCCACCAGUUCCAAUACUCCACGAUGAUCUAGAUCCAACAUGGGUUUCUUUGCUCGAGCAAAAGCUUCUCAUCGAUCAACAGCCCGAUAGGAAAUUAUCAUCUUGUUCGAUCCACAAAGUCCCCACCUGCUUCCACAAAGGCGACGAGACCGCCUACGUGCCUCAGAUUAUCUCGAUCGGUCCGAUUCACCGGACAAAGAAGAGCCUACAAGCCAUGGAAGAGCACAAGAGGAAGUACCUUCACGAUAUUAUUUCUUUGACCAAAACCAACAGCGAAGAUUCGGCAUCGAACAUCUUCAAGAGGUUCCUGACUGCUGUCAAGUCGGUGGAGAAAAUGGCAUGGGAAUGUUACUCAGAGAGCAUUGAUGAUGAUCUCAACAGCAACGCCUUCGUCGAAAUGAUGGUGAUUGAUGGUUGUUUCAUCAUCGGCCUACUUUGCAAGGCUGCCCGCCUUAUCAAUGUCGAUGGUGAGGAUCCCAUCUUCAAAAUGAGCUGGCUGCUAAGCAGGCUUAGGAAUGACUUACUGAUGCUUGAAAAUCAAAUCCCUUUCAUCAUCCUCGACUGCUUGUUCAAUCUGAUGAACAUUGUCCGUGGUCCUAAUCGUCCCUCCCUGGCCCACCUAGCCCUUGAUUUCUUCCAAGGACUGGUGCCACAAAAGAGUACUAGGUGGGCCAUGAAAGAGAAGUCCGAGUAUAAGCAUUUACUCCAUCUCUUCCACUCCAGCCUACUUCCAGCGGUGAAAGAAGAUAAACAAAGCGAGAGAAAUGCUUGUUUUAAACUGAUUGUCAGCUGGAUAAAUGUGUUUAAGAAGUCUGGAAACAAAGAAAAAGAUAAUGAAAUGGAGGCUAAUCACCUCAACCUGAUACAUUCGGUAACAGCACUUAAGGAGGCUGGAAUUGGGUUCAAGAAGGGGAAGGCGGACAGCUUCUUCGAUGUGAAAUUCAAGAACGGCACGAUGGAAAUACCAACAUUCGUGAUCCAUGGAGCCACCUACUCACUGUUCCUCAAUCUGAUUGCGUUUGAGCAAUGUUACACUGAUUGCAGUAAGCACAUCACAGCUUACACUGCUUUCAUGAAUUGUCUGAUCAACUCCGCCAAGGACGUCGAGACGCUCCGCCACUGUGGGGUCAUCGAGAACUGGCUUGGUAGCAACGACGAGCAUGUGGCCUGUCGGUUCAAGAUGCUAAGUAGGGAGGUGGCCAUUCCGACUGGCAGGUCUUAUCUCUCCGACGUGUUUUGGGCUGUUAGUCGGUUUCGCAGGACAAAAUGGGAGGAAUGUAAGGAGAGCUUGAAGCGUUAUCACUUCAAUAGUCGGUGGGCUAUUUUCCCAUUUGCAGCUGGUAUUUUUGUUUUGGUUUUUACUUUCAUGCAGACCAUCCCUACCGUGAAUUCAUUUUUUCACCAUUCAUCCUAG